AUAUUUUACCUUCGGGGGAUUGUAACUCAGUGCAUUAUUAGAUUCUGGAGUCAUGAGUGGGUGUCCAUUCUGGGAGAACAAAUACCAAUUUAAUUUUAAUAAGCUGUCUUUGGAGGAUGGGGAAGAGGACAAGUCACAAGAAGGGCUAAAUAAAGCUAGCAAAGGUGGACUUAUCUAUGGAGACUACCUGCAGCUGGACAAAAUAUUGAACGCUCAGGAACUUCAGAGUGAAAAGAAGGGGAACAAGGUCCAUGAUGAACAUCUGUUUAUUGUGACUCAUCAAGCUUAUGAACUAUGGUUCAAGCAGAUCCUGUGGGAACUGGAUUCUGUCCGAGUGAUAUUUCAAAAUGGUCAUAUGAGAGAUGAGAGGAACAUGCUUAAAGUUGUUGCUCGAAUGCACAGAAUUUCAAUGAUUCUUAAAUUACUAGUGGAACAAUUUUCUGUUCUGGAAACUAUGACAGCUCUGGACUUCUUUGACUUUAGAGAUUAUUUGAGCCCAGCUUCGGGAUUUCAGAGCUUACAGUUUCGAUUACUGGAGAAUAAGAUUGGUGUCCCUCAAAGCCUGAGAGUUCCAUACAACAGAAGACAUUACCGGGAUAACUUCAAGGGAAAAGAGAAUGAAUUAUUGCUUAAAUCUGAACAGGAGCCAACUCUACUUCAGCUAGUGGAAGCAUGGUUGGAAAGGACACCAGGACUUGAACCGGAAGGAUUUAAUUUCUGGGGGAAAUUUGAAGUGAAUGUACUUAAGGGACUGGAAGAGGAAUUUGCAAUGGUGCAGGCCAAAGAAGACUCAGAGGAAAAAGAAGAUCAACUGGCAGAACUUCAGAAACAAAAAGAAGUGCUUAUUUCAUUGUUUGAUGAAAAACGCCAUGAACAUCUUCUUAGUAAAGGUGAAAGAAGGCUGUCAUACAAAGCAAUGAAAGGAGCUUUAAUGAUCUACUUCUACAGAGAAGAGCCUCGCUUUCAGGUUCCUUUUCAACUUCUCACUUCCCUUAUGGAUAUCGACGUGCUGAUGACUAAAUGGCGAUAUAACCAUGUGUGUAUGGUGCAUAGAAUGAUUGGCAGCAAGGCUGGGACAGGAGGAUCAUCAGGAUAUCAGUAUUUACGCUCAACUGUGAGUGACAGAUACAAAGUGUUUGUUGAUUUGUUCAAUCUUUCAACGUACUUGGUGCCAAGACACUGGAUCCCUCGGCUGAACCCAACUGUUCAUAAAUUCCUUUACACAGCAGAAUAUUGUGACAGUUCCUACUUCAGCAGUGAUGAUUCAGAUUAAAAACCUUCCUGAUAAUCCUUGUAAAUAACUGAAUUGUAACUGGAAGAAGCUUGGUCUUUAAUGUUAAACCUUAUAUGCAGUUAGAUAAUGUAUGCAUAUGUUUAUAAAUAUUUAUGCACAAUGUACUAUAGCAUUUAAAGAACAUGCCUUUUAGAUAAGUUAUCAGAAAUAAAACUUAAGAGAUGAGAUAAACAUCUGAGACUUCCAUUUUUUAAAAUGGUUUAAACUGCUGCUGCCGCCUGUUUUAAAUUGCUUUAUCUGAUUCAUUAUGCUGGUUUAUAGCAUGUUUAGGUUGCUGUUUUAGUUUUUUAAUGGUAAAGUACUGCUUCAGUUGUAUGAUGUUUUUAAAUCAUGUAUGUGAGCCGCCUUGGGCUUGCUACAAAAAGUAGCACAAACAUAUUACAAAUAUAAAUAAAAUUUCACACUGUGAUUUUAAGUAAGAUGCCACAGUCUAUUCAAACAAAAGCUAUAUCCCUGCAGGAGCCAUAAUAUUUAUUAUUAUUGAUUUUUCAUAUUGUGGGGAGAUUGUCAAUUCCAUGUUAUUUGGUUAUGGCAGGCCUUAGCAGCUGUUGCUGGGACACUGAAGAGGUCUAGGAAGACUCAACCACUUCUUCUUCUUCUUCACGUAACGCAUGGCAGAUAUGAAUCUGAUUAUAACUGACUCAAAACAUUAAAUGGUAUAAAAAGA